AUGUCAUUGUCAGACAACGCCAUCCGCCGGGACGGCUUCAGAUCGGCAUAUGGCCGCUUCUACGCCGAUCCCUGGGGAGUCGAAAUUGUCCAAGCUGGAUAUCUACGCAGCAUGUUUCUGCCUACAAUGACGCCCGGGGCAAAGGACUGCCUGAGAGAGAAUGCCGACUUUAUACGUGGCCGGCUAAAGCAUUACGAUGUUGAUUACGACGAAGACAAGUUCUGGGGCAGCGGAACUGCACUCUUCAAGAAGUUGCUGGCGGCAGGCAAGUGCGACAAAGUCCCUGAUCAUAUUAGUCGUCUGCGUGAGCAAAUGCAUAUGGAAUGGCUGGACCAGCUCACCCCUGACGAGAUGGCCAACUACCCCGAGUGGAUCAUGCAAAGGUAUUUCCUGGAUGCCUCCGGGAAGCCGGAUACGACAAAGACAAAGUCGCCUGUUGGUUUCCCUCUGCCGCGUCAUAGCCAGUACCGUGCUAGUCAGGUGCUUGAAGCUGCCACCAAGGUGUAUGGUCUGCGUCACAGCACUGGGUUUGGGGACACUCAGACCAUUUACCUGGGCUGGGACCAAGCUGCUGUAGAUAAAGCGGCCAAAGGUCAUGCGGCCAAAGAGGCACGGUCCCGGAAAGCCAAGGAAACCGAGCGAGAGGAAGAACGGGCGUCAGCGCACGCCGAGUAUCUCGCCGAGGCCAAACGGAGCAAGGGAGCCAAGGAAUCCUCUCCUGUGGGAGGCUAUAUCGUCAGGAAUUGA